AAUUCAUUAAUACAUCAUAAAUCCUCAAGCACAGGGGUUAUAACGACCACGCGCCCCACAAAUCAAGCCCUCCAAAAAUACAACCCCAAAUGAGUUCCUACUUUGUAAACUCGUUCUCAGGACGCUAUCCUAAUGCCCCAGACUAUCAGCUGCUAAAUUAUGGGACCGGCAGCUCCAUGAACGGAUCUUAUAGGGAUCCAGGCAACAUGCACGCCGGCUCCUACGGCGGAUACAACUACAAUGGGAUGGAUCUGAGCGUCGGCCGCUCCGCCUCGUCCUCCAGCCACUUCGGAAGGGUGGCCGAGGGCACCCGCGCCUUCCCGGCCCAAGCCUCGCCCGAGAGCCGGUUCCGGCAGGCGUCCAGCUGCUCCUUGUCCUCGCCCGAGUCCCUCCCUUGCACCGGCAACGGCGGCAACAACAACAGCAGCAACGGCGCCACCAACAGCAGCAGCAGCACCAGCAACGGCGGCGGCGGAGGAGGGAGCACCGUCGGCACCAACAACAACGGCGAGAGCCAUGGAGGCAAAGCGCCCGCCGACCAGGCUGCCGCCUCUGCCUCCGUGAGCUCUGCAGUCGCCGCCAGCUUCCCCGAGAUCGACGAGACCAGCGCGUCCUCCGGAGCCGAGGAGAGCGGCUCGCAAGGCAACAACAGCAACGGCGCCCGAGCUCCGCCCGAGCCCCUGGCCGCCCCCAACGCCAACGCCCCCAGCGCCAACGCCGCCGCCGAAGGACAGAGCCCCCAGAUAUUCCCCUGGAUGAGGAAACUUCACAUUAGCCACGAUAUGACUGGACCGGAUGGGAAACGAGCCCGCACGGCGUACACGCGUUACCAGACCUUGGAACUGGAGAAGGAGUUUCACUUUAACCGCUACCUCACCCGCAGAAGGCGAAUAGAAAUCGCGCACGCCUUGUGUCUCUCGGAAAGACAGAUCAAAAUCUGGUUCCAAAACAGGCGGAUGAAGUGGAAGAAAGACAACAAACUCAAAAGUAUGAGUUUAGCGUCUGGUGGCAGUGCUUUCCAGCCAUAAAAAAGUCUUACCCAGAAGGAAAGAUUAAGAAAUAGAUGUGGGGCGCAGAGAAAGUGGGUCUGGGUGGGUGGGGAGGGCGCAGAAAGAAGGAUAAGAAAGUUUAAAGCAAGCAAGCAAACAAACAAAGCGACCGAGUGGUGUUUUUCUUUUGUUUUUAAAGUCUGGAGUACUGUAAAGUGAAGCACUUUCCAUUCAGCAUGCUAUUGAUUUUUAAAAUUAUUAUUAUUAUUAUUAAACAACUUCCGUGGUACUAUUAUUCCAGGACUGUGUCCUUCUGCUGAGAUGUCCUCCCCUUCCCACUUUUAAAUUAAAAUUAAUAAUAAUAAUAAUAAAGUUAUUUCCAGAAGCGUCUUUAAUGCUUUAGGUGUUCUAAAUGUCUGUGUCCGUGCUAAAUGAGACUUUCUGGAAGAAGUUGGCAUGUUUUUUUUUUAAUUUUGGGGUUUUUAAAUGUGCGCUAAAUGUUAUAACUUAUUUAUAAACUGCUGAGGAGAAGGAAAGGAUGGGUUCUUUAAAAGUUCGUGGCUUGGGGGAGGUAGGGAGCCUACCACUUUUUUUCCUUCUGCUCAAGUCCUGCAAGAUCCAUGGCAGGAAAAUAAAAUAAAAAGUCGAAAAGAUCAACCACAACCAUUUUUUGGCCUUUUAAAAAAUACAGUAUAUCUAUAUCUAUAUCUAUAAGCUCAUGUAUCUUUCUGUCUUUGAAAUUGUCAAGUCUGUGAUUUGGUUCCUAUUUCCUGGCCUUGUUUUGAUCUCAGGCCAGUUCUGAAACUACUUCUUUUUGGAAAAAAAUUAAAUGUGAGUGAAGUUCACUUUAAAAGGGUAUACGAUUGGACCAACCAUAGUUAUGUUCAAAAUGUUUGUAAAUAGUAGAAAUAUUUCUGCAGUGACUAAUAGGACGUUUUAGUGGGCAGGGUGAAUUCAGUGUUCUGUGUGUCUCAAAUGGCAUUUGUCAUGUCUAGCUGCUUGUUUCCAUCUUCGCCAAGACGCUUUUCGUAUCCGUUUGUAGCCUUAACUUGAAGUCAAAUAAACGUUUCUCCUGGCCAGAAAAA